GACCUCGUCCUUGGCCACGCGCCGAGCGUCGACAGCCGAGUAACGUCAUGGCCAGCUUGCUGCCGCUUCUGCUGCUGGCGGCCGCUGGAGCGCCCGCCGUGCACGCCGCGGGCGCGUGCGUCUCCAGCGGCAUCGUCCAGGAGACGAACGUCUGGAACGAGGGCAUGAGCGCCAACCUCAUGCUCACCUUCCCCAACGCCGUCUCAAGCUGGACGGUGGAGAUGACGUUCGACAAGACGCUGACCAAGUUCGAGACGUGGGCGGCCACGGCGUCAUCCACGGAUAACACCGUCUUCACGCUCAAGAAUAACGCCGGCGACGGCACGCAGCCCGCCGGCGCCAAGAUGGCGCUCGCCUUCAACGCCUACUUCAGCAGCAAGGCUGAGGUGAUCAGCGUGAAGCUGGACGGCGCCGAACUCUGUCCCGGCGGCGGCGGCAGCACCACGCCCAAGCCAACCGGCCCGACCGUGCCGCCGCCCACCGGGCCGACCAAGCCUCCUCCGGACCUGCCCUACGACUACAGAGACGUCCUCGGCAAGUCGCUGCUCUUCUACGAGGCGCAGCGGUCCGGCGCGCUGCCGCCCGACAACAGGAUCCCCUGGCGCGGAAACUCGGCGAUGAACGACCGCGGUCAGAAUGGCGAGGACCUCACCGGCGGCUACUACGACGCCGGCGACCACGUCAAGUUCGGCUUCCCCAUGGCUGCCGCCAUGACGGUGAUGGCGUGGGGCGCCAUCGACUUCGCGGACGCCUACGCGGACGCCGGGCAGAGCGAUUACGUGAAGGCGGCCGUCAAGUGGGGCACGGACUUCUUCAUCAAGGCGCACGUCGGUGCCACCGACUUUUACGGCCAGGUGAGGGAGCCUUUUCUGGCGGACCACUCGGUGUGGGGCCGUGCCGAGGACAUGAACAUGGACCGACCCGGCUACAAGAUCUCGGCUGGUGCUCCGGGCUCUGACCUGGCCGGCGAGACGGCCGCGGCCAUGGCCGCCGCCUCGAUCCUCUUCAAGGACUCGGACGCCGCCUACUCGGGACAGCUGCUCGACCACGCCAAGCAGCUGUACGACUUCGCGAACACGCACCGCGGAAAGUACCAGGACAGCAUCACCGACGCCGUCAGCUUCUACGGGUCGAGCGGCUACGGCGACGAGCUGGCCUGGGCCGCGGCCUGGCUGUACCGCGCCACGCAGGACAGCUCCUACCUCGACGCGGCCAAGGGCUUCUUCCAGGAGUUCAGCGACCUGAACGGCAAGGCCGGCGAGUUCUCCUGGGACAGCAAGCACGUCGGCGUGCAGCUGCUCAUGUACACGCUGACCAAGGAUUCGCAAUACGGCGAUCUCGUCACCCAGUUCUGCGACUGGAUCGUGUCGGGAGCGCCGCGCACUCCGAAGGGCCUCGUGUGGCUCAACCAGUGGGGCUCGCUGCGGCACGCCGGCAACGUGGCCUUCAUUUGCGUGGCGGCGGCCAAGGCCGGCCUCAACCCCGACUCCUACCGCCAGAUGGCCGAGCAGCAGCUCAACUACAUCUUCGGCGAUAGCGGCCGCAGCUACGUGGUCGGCUUCGGGAACAACCCGCCGGUGCGCGCGCACCACGCCGGCGCCUCUUGCCCGAACGCGCCGGCGCCCUGCAGCUGGGACCAGCUCAAUUCGCCCAACCCGAACCCGCAGGUGCUGUACGGCGCCCUGGUCGGCGGUCCCGACAUUAACGAUAACUACGCCGACGACCGCAACGACUACGUGAAGAACGAGGUGGCCUGCGACUACAACGCCGGCUUCCAGAGCGCCAUCGCCGGCGUGCUUUCGAUGCACUGAUGAUGGGAUGUGGGGGCCGCACGCGGCUUAGGGCGCGCGGGGAGUUGCCUUGCUCGGCUUGCAGAGGGGUUGGUGUGAAUGAUGCAGGGGUGCGAUCGUCACCGGCUGCUUUCGGAGACCAUGUUUAACGAUCCUGAUGACGCAGCGGUUAGGACUCCUGAGUGUUUGAAGCCAUCA